GGCGUGGCUUGAAGGGGGCGUGGCUCCUGCCUCUUCCUCUCGCGCGGCUUCCUGUCUGUCCGGGCUCGGAGCGGUUCUGCUCGCCAUAUUGUUUGCUUUCCAGUCAGCGGAGCACGAAGCGAAACCCGGACCCGGGGACACCGAGGCCGAGUCCCGCCUCACCUGUCGCGGAGGAGGCCCCGGGGCGCAGGCGGAGGCGGAGGCCGGCAGCAUCCAGCCCGCCCGGUCGCCGCUGGAAAGCGCUGGGUCUGGCCCUGGGGUGACGUCGCAAUCAUCCUCGAGGUCCCCGGGGGACCCUGUCCCCGGAGCCCAGUGCGCACAACGGUGGAUUAUUUGGAGAAAAACGCCCACCCCGAACUCCAUCCGGCUGAGGCCGGGUCACCCGGUCCCCGGGGGCUUUUAUAAAACAGUCGAGGGAAGGCGACACGAAAAUCGGUGCUAGGUCUGCUUUGUGAUCUGCCUGCCUCAUUGCUGGCCUGCUGCCAACUGCCUGCCUCCAUCAGGGACCCUGACCAUCUCCUCCCCUGUGAUCUGAUCUGUGGUCAGGAUGAGUUCCUCCCCUUCAGAAGAGGCAAGUGCCUGGAGUUCCCUUCACUCUGACGAGCCCAGUGACUCCAUCUACCGGUUUGUCUACACCUGCACUGAGUGCAAGGAACAAGUGGACACACACUGGCGCUGCACAGUCUGCCAGGAGUAUAUCCUGUGUGUCUCCUGCUAUCCCAAGAACAGCCAUGACCACCCGAUGGAGAAACUGGGUCUUGGCCUGGAUGAUGAGAGCAGCAAGGAGCUGGGUGGGGCCUCGCAGAACCCAGGAGAGUCUUGCUGCCUGAGCAUCCAGCGCAACAUCCAGUCCCUGCUCCACGCCUGCCAGUGCCGCAACACCAACUGCUCCCUGCCCUCCUGCAAGAAGAUGAAGCGGGUCAUCCAGCACACCAAGGGCUGCAAGCGGAAGAACAGCGCUGGGUGCGCCGUCUGCAAGCAGCUUGUUGCCCUCUGCUGGUACCAUGCCAGGAACUGCCCAGAAGACAACAGGUGCUUCGUGCCCUACUGCUUUACCAUCAAGCAGAAGCUCCAGCAGCCGCAGCUGCAGCUCCGCAUCCAGCAGGCCCUGAUGCUGCGCAGGAUGACAGCCAGCACUGAUCCAGACCCUCUGGUCCCCUGCGAUCUGAAUGACGCUCAGGAGGUGGGGAUGAGCACCCGAGGCUUUCAUGCCGAGCCCAAUGGCCCACCCGCUGUGUUGCGGAGGAGCAGCACCCGCAAUGUCCCCUACACCUGUAACGAGUGCAGACAGGACGUGGAGACUCGCUGGCGCUGCACUGUCUGUGAGGAGUAUGUCUUGUGUGUCCCCUGCUAUCACACUAAAAACCACAACCACAAGAUGGAGAAAGUAGGUCCUGGCAUAGAUGGUGAGAGCAGCAACCAGCAGGCUGGGGCCAUCCAGAACCCGAGAGACAUCCACCGCCAGAGGAUCCAGCGCAGCAUCCAGUCCCUGAUCCAUGCCCGCCAGUGCCGCGAUGGCAGCUGCUCCCUGCCAACCUGCAAGAAGAUGAAGAGAGUUGUAGAGCAUACCAAAAACUGCAGGCGAAAGGCGAUUGGUGGGUGCCCCGUCUGUAGGCAGCUCAUUGCCCUCUGCUGCUACCAUGCCAAGCGGUGCCAGGAGAACAACUGUCCUGUGCCGUUCUGCUUCAGAAUCAAGCAAAAGCUUCGGCAACAGCGGCUGCAGCGCCAGCGGUCCAGGAUGGUGCGCAGGAGGAUGGCCAGCAUGUAGCUUCCCCGGGUAGUGGGCCAGCAACAGGGCCUGCCCUCCCCAACCCCUGCCUCUCCACCCACUCCACCCUCGCCAACCACAAAACAGCAAAAACCCCAUAGAUGCCCAUCUCACCCCUUCCAGAAACAUCCUGGUGACCCUGCAAGCUCUACACAGACUGCUUAGCCACCCCUGCCAGGGUCCCAUCUACAGCAGCAGGAAUGGCAGCACAGAUUCAGAGAGCAGCCAAGACACUGUGUAAAUUAUACAGAGGCCAGUGUAGCACCAGGUGCCCCAGGUGACGCACCCAUGGGUAUAAUCCACUCCCAAACCCACCCCACCCCCAACCAAAAGUCCCAGGGGGCAUCUGGAGCCCAGGGAUGGGGCCCAGAGUGAUGGAGCAGCAGCUCCUCUGGGCCCAAGGAGGACUGCCUCAGCCCUAGCAGCUCCAGUGUGGGGUGCCAAAGCUGGCUGUGAUGUCAGUGGCCCCACAGCCAAUGGGCCAGCCAGGCCCUGUCUCAAUAAGCCUUAUAAAAGCUGCAGACUCUUGGGCCUCCUUGUGCUCCCCUACAGCAGCAACCCUUGUGCCCACCCCCAAGCUGUUGGGUGCGUUCAUACAACAUCAGGCUGCCAAGUGUACCAGUGCAUCCCCAGCUUCUCACUGGACAGCCUGGCAUGGGCCAGGGACAGCCAAGGCUGCAGCCACCAGCCAUGCAGAGGGUCCACUCCAAUGAAGCCACACAGAACACGGAUGCCACACAGGUAGGCGUGCAGAGGGCUGGCCUGGCCCAGCAGCAGCUCCAGGUGCCUAUGGGAGGGAUGAGUCCCUAGGCACAGCCAGUGAACAUGAAUCUGGGCAGUGUGUCUUCCCAGUUCUGGGACAUGACACUACAGCAAGAGAUGCAACAGUACAUGCAACAAAGGAAUGUGGGACAGAUGGACCAGCUCUCCCAGCCCUUGGGAGCAGGAGCCAGUCUGCAGGCCUGUCAACGACUCCUCCAGCAGCAGGUGGGAUCCCCUGCUUAGUCCAACCUUAAGAACCCUCAAAGCAGGCCCACCCUCUAGCCUUCCAAGGCAAUCCCGUUUUCUUCCUAAUAUAGUGUGUUCCCCCAUCCUGUCCCUUCUCCAUGGCUGUGGUGCCAGCCCCACCCCUGAGGAUGCAGCCUCAGCCUUCUCCAUAUCCAUACUGUGUUUCCCUACAGAACUGUCCCCCACAUUCUGGACUGGCUGCUGCCCAGACUGCCAACCCUGUGGAGCAAGGGCAAUUUUGCCAGCCCAGACUAGAAUCCGACACGCUCAGCUCGCUAGCCGUCCAGGCACGGCAAACCAUGGUGCAAGCACCGUGGACUUGGGACUCAGCACCGAUAGCUCAGAUUGAAUUCAGAUCUCUCACAAAGUACACCAGAUAUAUAACAGACACCUGGUAGUAUUUUGGGAGCAGAAAAAAUUAUUUUCUCUUAGGCUUUUUGAACUGAAUGAAGUUUUUUGGAAUCUUUCUUAGCCUAUGAAACAGUUUUUCCUUAGAACACCUAAGAACUGUGCAGUAGUCGUUCGUGGAGGUUGUUUUUGAUUUGGUUCCAUUUCAUUUGCAGUAUUGGGAAUGAACCCAGGGCCUUUGCACUGAGCCCAGCCCAGUUAGAAUCAUUUCUUUUGUAGCCAGGUUUCAGUAAGUCACAGAAGUUUCCUAAGCUGGGCUUGAACUUGAGAUCAUCCUCCCUCAGCAUCCCAGAUGCUGGGAUUCAGGCGUGGGCUGCUGUGCCCAGGACCUUUUGUGGUGGGAAACACGUGCCAGGUGAGCUGAGGGAGGGAAGGGCACUAAGAAAAGACUGCACUGGCUGCGUCCCCAGCCUGCCAUCCCUGUGCUCGGGGAAGGAGGCCAGGCCAAAGGCCCCAGCGCUCCUGCCUUGCACCUCUGAUAGGUUUUAUUAUUUUUUUUUUAAUUAAGGAAAAUGUGUAACAUGAGUAGUUACUAUUUACUGGUUCAGAAGGUGGGAAUUUUUCCUUAUUCACUUUAUGGAACAAUUUUUAAAAUUCUAAAACCAAAGUACAGCAGGGGUUAAUGUUACUAAAAAGUAUGUUCCACAUACAUAAACAUUAAAAUAGUAGUUUCUCCCUUGAGUGCUAAAAUACUCAUUUUUAAAAUUUUUUGGUGAGAUGUUCUGGGGGAAAAAUUUUCCCUUUUCCCCUGACUCAACUUUUGUGCUCCAGAAAAUUUUCUAUAAAUCUCAACAUAAAACUACAAGCGUUAAAAUAAUUUGCGGAUAUGGAAAAGAAAAUGACUUUUUCAAAAGAGGAACAAAUUGCUAAAUUGGUGUAUUAUAAAUGGUGGGUUUUGUUUUGUUGGUAUGGAGAAUCAAACUUGGCACCUUGCAGUUGCCAGGCAGACACUUGUGCCACUGAGCUAUGUCCUCGGCCCCCAAAAUUGUGGUUUCUUAAAGGAAAAUGUUUGUCAUUUAUACAUAUCAUAAAGGAAAAAAUGAGGAAGCAGUCAUCCAGAGGGAUGAUUGGACCAGGCAAGGUCUCCCUGGGGGUUUUCUUUCAGUUCUUCUGCCACACAGUCUUGCUUUCUGUAAAACUUGAAAAUCUCGCUUUGUGUAAAACUCUCAAGUGUUGUAAAUCUUGCAAUUAAAGUUGAUUACUUGUAGAUACAAGCUUGGGAUUGCUGUAUAGCCUGUCCAGUUUGCUUUCUUAUUACUCGUUGUUCAAUAAACUGUGAGACUCGGA